UUGUAGAUAUAAUGCUUUAAUCCUCUCUAAAUCACUGCUUAACAAGCUUAAAUAAACCAAACGUUUCCCACUUCUAUUACUGCACAACAAUAAUUGUCCUGCAACCUGCUUAUGCAUUGAUACUCCCAAUCAUUUUAAUUUUUUGGGUUAUCCAAAAGUCUUCAUUUACAUUUAAAUUAGCAUGUAACACUCCAACUUCCACCAAAUCACUCGUAAAUUCGUAACAUUUCACUAUAAAUACUCAUACUUCAUAGUUCAUAGUUUCAUACAACAGAAACAACCAACAAUUCCCUCUUGUAACUAGAUUAAGUGCUUUUACCAACUGCCUAAAAAAAUGGUACUACAAAACAAACCAAAAUCCAGUAGUAGAGCAACAAGAACAAACGUUAACGAUGAUAGCAAGUCACUCGUACCAGUUCAUACACCACUGUUCACAAUUAACUCUCAUGCUGAAGAUGUUGAUAUCACCCCACCACCACCCCUGAUUUCAUCAUACAAUGACCGUAUUCGGCCUCUCCUUGAUGCAGUCGACAAGCUAAGAAACCUGAAAGUUAUGAAGGAGGGGAUUCAGUUACCAACUAUCGUCGUAGUUGGUGAUCAGUCCUCUGGCAAAUCUAGUGUGCUAGAGUCCUUAGCUGGGAUUAGUCUUCCUAGAGGGAAAGGUAUAUGCACCCGGGUUCCGCUUAUUAUGCGCCUGCAGCAUCAUUCUAGUCCUGACCCUGAACUCUUCCUUGAGUACAUGGGUAAAAAUGUGAGGACUGAUGAAGCUAAUGUGUCUGAUGCAAUCAACUUUGCUACUCAAGAAAUCGCGGGUAAUGCUAAGGGGAUAUCUAAUGCUCCCAUAACAUUAGUUGUGAAGAAACAUGGUGUCCCAGAUUUAACAAUGGUUGAUCUGCCCGGUAUCACUCGGGUUCCUGUUCAUGGACAGCCUGAGAAUAUAUAUGAACAGAUUCGGGAUAUUAUUAUGGAGUAUAUUACUCCAGAGGAGAGUAUUGUCCUGAAUGUGUUAUCUGCAACAGUUGAUUUUUCGACGUGUGAGUCUAUUAUGAUGUCUCAGAGUGUUGAUAAAACUGGACAGAGGACACUUGCUGUUGUGACUAAGGCUGAUAAGGCUCCUGAAGGCUUAUUGGAGAAGGUUACAAAUGAUGAUGUCAGUAUUGGUCUCGGGUAUGUGUGUGUUAGGAACAGAAUUGGGGAGGAAACUUAUGAGGAAGCGCGGUUGGAGGAGGCAAGGCUGUUUGGGUCUCACCCUUUGCUGUCGAGGAUUGAUGACUCGACUGUGGGGGUUCCUGUAUUGGCCCAAAGGUUGGUUCAUAUACAGGCUAGUAUAAUCUCAAAGUGUUUGCCUAACAUUGUUAAGCAGAUAAAUGCAAAGUUGAAUUCUAAUGUUGCUGAACUGAAUAGCAUGCCUCAGAAUUUAUCAUCUGCGGCAGAGGCAAUGGCGGUGUUUAUGCAGAUCACGGGAUCUGCAAAGGAGUCUCUCAGAAAGAUUCUGAUUAGGGGUGAAUAUGAUGAUUAUCCUGAUGAUUCAGGUAUGCAUUGUACUGCUCGUUUGGCGGAGAUGCUGAACAGGUUUUCUGCUAACACUGCAUUUCUGAUGGAAGAGGUUCGGGUUCUGGAGGAGGCUAAGGGUAUUGGGCUGCCAAAUUUCCUUCCUCGUGGUGGGUUUCUUACCAUCCUGCAGAGAAAGGUUGAGGGAAUUUCUGGAAGUCCUGUGGAUUUUGUUAACAAGGUGUGGCAAUACAUUGAAAAUGUGGUGGUGCAAGUGCUGAUGCAUCACUGUGACAACUACCCACCGCUUCAGUCCUCAACUAGGAGGCCUGCAAACAGUCUGAUCAGCAAGAUGAAAGAUCAAUCUGUUAAGCGCGUUGUAGAAAUUGUUGAGAUGGAAAAGCUUGCUGAUUACACUUGCAAUCCUGAGUACAUGACCAUUUGGACUGAGCUGAUGACCAGCCAAGAAGAAUUCAUGAGGGUUCUUGAGGACGAGUCUGAGAAACCAGUUGUGAAAAUGAAAGGGUUCGGUGAGGUUAAAAUUGAGCAUUUGAGGAUGCACAAGCAUGUGGCACAGCAAGCAUUGGACAUGAAGAUUAGGAUGACAGCGUACUGGAAGAUUGUUCUAAGAAGGCUGGUUGAUUCAAUGGCCUUGCAUCUGCUGUUCAGUAUUCAGAAUCUGGUGAACAAAGAACUGGAGUACGAGAUAGUGAAUGAGCUGAUGGGGCCGUAUGGGGGAGGCAUCGAAAGGAUGCUAGAGGAGUCUCCAUCUGUAGCAACAAAGAGAGAGAGGCUGAAUAAGAGUAUUAAACUGCUGAAGGAGUCUAAGGAUGUUGUCUCAAAGAUUAUGGACAGAAUUGCUCUUACUGAAUGAGGGUUCAUCAGAACCAUGUGAGAUUCUGUUCGUCCUGUUAGUUUCAAGAAUAAGAUUAAGUGCUACUGCUGCAUCACUAGCAGAUUAGCAAGUCAGUAGCUUAUUGUUUAUGCUUCUACUAAGUUGGUCUUAUUUUACUUUUCAG